AUGACGGCCGCUGAUAGUCCCGUCUCAGUAGAAUUUAUUACUCAAAUGGACAGCUAUGUUCAAAGCUCGGAAAUCUUUAAAACAGUACUCGUGGAAGCCCUGAACUCUGCUCUACAAGAAACAUUAACACCGCUUUAUGCAGAGAUUCAGUCACUUAAAUCUGAAGUUUCGUCUCUGCGAAGCGAACUGUAUGAAGUCAAAGCUAAAGCAAACGACAACGAACAGUAUUCAAGGCGCAACAACAUAAGAAUUUUUGAACUUGGGGAAGAAAAUAAUGAAAACUGCUACGAUGAUGUGCUACGAUUGUGUGAUGAACUAAAUUUGGACGUUAAAAGAAACGAACUUGAUCGUGUCCUUGGG